AUGUCAAAGCCAAUUAUCGUUAUGGUUCCUGGUGCAUGGCACAAGCCCCUCAUUUACUCCAAAGUCGCGCAAUCUCUCGAGAAGCACGGAUAUCCCACCGUCAGCCUUGCCUUACCCUCUGCCGGCGCCAAGCCAUCUCACCAAGACUUUAAUGGUGAUGCAAAUAGCAUCCGAGAACGCUUGACUGAACUUGUCUCCGCUGGCAAGGAUGUCGGUCUCUCCAAGAAAGAUCAAGAAGCCAAAGGCUUGAAAGGUGGUCUCAUUAGAUAUGUAGUCAUCAAUGGAUUCGCAACUCCUCCGAGCUUCCAGGCGGCAGCGAAGGGUGAUUAUGCUAAAAUGCCUGACUGGAUGAAACUUGAUACCGAGAAUGAGGUUUUCACUGUUGAGCCAGAAGAUGCCAAGAGAAUCUUCUAUAACGACAUCUCAUCCGAAAAGGCAGACAAGUUAAUUCCCGAACUCCUCCCUCAAAGUCUCGGUGUAUACUUCAGCACUGCAACCUAUGCGGCCUGGUUGGAUGUUCCCUCAACUUUCUUGUAUGGCGAGGCUGAUCAGAGUUCUUUCACACCCGAGGUGGUGAAAAUGAUGAAUCCGACCGCUUUUGAUGUUGUAGAAAGUCUCAAGGAGGGUGGCCACUGCUUCAUGAUCAGUCAUCCAGAAUGGACAGCGGAAGCCUUGAGAAGAGCUGCAGGAGAGAAGUUUUGA